AGAUUGAAUGCGAUGACAGGAGACUGAGACCUUUCAGCACGUUCGUAUGUGUUCCUGCUUCCUUAGUUGCUGAAACAUAACGUUACUCUAAACUGAGACGUUUUCCUCCUGGUAAAAGCAACUGAUCGACGACGCCACAAUGUUUGGCAUUGGCAGUAUCAUUCUUUGUGUUUUACUGCUGCGACUGACAAAAGCAGACGACGACAAUUCAGGUAAGUAAACUAAAACUACUGACACUACUACCAUAACGGAACUGUAAGAUAUACAAUCAGUUAUAGAAGGUAAAAACUCGCUAUAUUCAGCACGAAAUCCAGGCCAUUAAAACGCUUUGUUCGGGAUCUUUCAAUUCAUAAGGAAAGUUUCAGACUGGUGGGGCUUUCUUUAAUUUUCACCACAGGCAGCUAAAAAUCCAAGCAAAUGAAAAACAGACGGGGUCAAGGACGCCGUUUUUCUCUGGGUGAUGCUGAGGAAAGACAAUUUCUCACGCCCUCCUAGUGUAAGGAUAUCAUUUUCCCAUGAGAAGAUGACUUGUUAACUAAAUUUCCACUCUAAGGGUGGAGUUCGUCAUUUUCCUGUUUGAGGGGAGUCCUCAGCGUAGACCCCUAACGGCCCUUAAAAACGGCACCUCUGGGAGAGGUUCUGACGGCCCCUUAAAAAAUGCACCUAACGAUAACGCGAGAUCCGCGGGUCGAUGCCUUUAAGGCUUUUUGAGUACUUAUUGAAAACAUACCAAAAUAUAAAGACUUAACAUCUUUUAAAGUCGUUUUCGAGUGAGAUGUGACAGGUUUUGUCUUGUUUUGUUAAAGCGAAGCGCCGAUCAUGUUCUUUACUAUUAAAUCAAACGUGUCGCUAACUGAUCGGGGAUAUUUAAAUACGGAGAACAAAGACUUGCAGGCGAUGAAAUGAUGUGAUGUAAUCAACUUGAUUUUAUUUCUUUCCUAAUCCAGUCCAAGUGCCUAUAUGUUCUAGAAUUAACAGUUGGUUUCGAGUCUAACCUUAACAACAAUGCAGUGCGUAAGAACGAAAAAUAUUUGAACUUGAUCAACGAAAUGAGCAGAAAUUACAGAUGUGUGAGAUUUGUAAAUCUCUCCAUGAGUUCCCUUGGCGUUUUCUCCGAUGAAUGCUCCACGUUCUUCGACAUGAUGAAUGACAUUGGCAUUGACAAAAAGCAGCAACUUUUUAUAAUCAAGAAAAUGAUAAAUAUAGCCAUCAGAGCAACAUAUUAUAUCUUUUGUUGUAGAAAUUGGAACUGGGAUAGCCCAGACUUAAUCCAAUUUUGAUAUUUUUUUUCUGGCUUUUGUUUUAUUUUUUUUUGUUUUUUGUUUUGUUUUGUUUUUUCUUUUUAUAAAUAAUCCAAUCUCAAGCAGCAUUUGUAAAUUGCCUAUACGUAGCGAGAUUUACAAUUGUACAUUCAAAAACACAAAUAAAGUUUCCAUUAUUAUUAUUAUUAUUAUUAUUAUUAAAUUAUUAUUAUUAUUAAUUUUUUUUAAUGAUCUUGAAAUUGUUUAGUGAAGAAAUGUCCUGUCCCGAAAGCUCCUGAAAAUGCUGUUGCUAUCGGUAACAACACCGUUGGCUCGAAAGUCAGGAUCCUAUGCACCGAAGGUUUCUUUCGAAGGGGGAAACCAGUUAAAAUCCAGUGCCAACCAAAUGGGCAAUGGACUGAGACCAACGUUACUUGCGUAGGUAGGUUUAUAAACCUUUUAACGUAAAUGUUUUCUUCCACUUAGAUUCAGCGGAAGUAAUAAUCCAAUUCCUUCAAGCGUUGAAAGAACCUAUCUCUGCCAAAGCUAUUUCUAAUUAAUCGUUUAUUGCCCUUUUAAAAGAGUUACUUUUCUCACUUUAUGUGGCUCAAAUGUAUUUGAAUGUUUGUUCCCAACUUUACAAGUCGCUCUUUCCAUAUAAUCGGUCGCUAACUUGAAGAUCAUGUCGAACUUUUAAGAAGAAACUUCUGGAGUAACGCCUAUUCACUUGUGCAAACGAAACAGUGAAAGCUGUUUUUAGCCUCCUAAGAUGAAUGGGGACGCCUAUACGUGUCGCAGUUCAAUUUUGCUGGAUCUAAUUUUUGCGAUUAUUAAGGGUGCCACUAUGUGACUGGUUAAUUAAUACAGAGUUUGACGCUUUCAGCUAAAAGCUGUGGGGAUCCGGGAUCUCCAACCAAUGGAAAUCGUGUCGGGUGGUUGUUCCAAUACAACCAAACAGUGAGAUUCAAAUGCUUAGAGGGAUACAUUCUGGAGGGACCUAAAACAAGAACCUGUCAAGCCAACCAAACCUGGAGUGGAAUACAGCCAAUCUGUAAACGUAAGUCUGAUAGUCAUGGGAUAAUUAAGUUCAUCAUUUCCACUUACCUUGCCUGAUGUAUACUCACGAAUUUUUCCCAGUUUUUUUUUUUUUUUUCUAAAUGUGUGAUAGUAUCUACUUCCUGCUCGUUCAAGGUUUAUUUUUUUCGUUGUUCACUAGUGCACCUUUUUUCGCAACUCAGGAUGCAAAAUUCAUGAUUUUAAAUCCAUCGUUAUGAGAAAAGGGAGAGAAAGAAUCGAGAAGGUUUAAAUUUCUGUAUACUUUAGAUUAAGGUUCUCCGUUGCCAGUAGUUCAAUGCGUCGCGACCCUCAGAACAUGUGAUCGACCACUCCCUUUAUGUUAACGAAAUCAUAGUCAGAUCACAUCUUUUUGUUAGUAAGAAAGCGAAAAAAGGAUUGACGCUUGUGCUUCCAAAUUAUUUUUCCAUGAAAUGGCUCAAGGCCAAACCCGUGUUGUUAGUUUCAAGCGAAACUAUGGCGACUCUGCCAGGGAUUGAGUGAAACAAAAGAAUUUGUUUUUAACACUGGGUCCUCGUCAAUAUAAAGGCUGAUAAACCUUAUCGACAACUUAAUUCUUAACAGGCAAUUUUUGUUUUUUUGCGUUAUUGUUUUAGCAAUUACUUGUGAGGACCCGCCCAAAGUGGUAGGAGCAAUGAUGGUCGACAGCGGUGGGUUUGUGUUUAAAGAACAAGUGCGCUACAAUUGUCGUGACGGCUAUCGAAUGGAAGGAUCAGGAACUCUGACCUGUGCGGCAAAUGGUAAAUGGAUCGGUGAAAUUCCAGUUUGUAAAGGUAAUAUUAUUAAUUGAUUAAGAGAUAAAUAAUAGUUGCCUACCAGUUCGAUAUAAUGGACAUGUAGAACUAAUAACACAAGUAUUCACUCAAGCAAAAUUUCACUUUACUUUAAGGUUUUUGCCAAAGUAGAUUGGGUUCUGGAAAAUAAGAAGAGAGUAGUUAAUCUCAGUUCCUUGUCCUAAAUUGUGAUCCAGCCCCAAUGAGUCACCAACGCAAUUUAGCUUAAAAAGAACUCCCCAUUUCCAAUGGCAAAGUUGCAAGGUCCAGGCUUUCUGCAGCCACAGCCGCUUUAAUCCCGCUAUAUUAUGAACUUUGGUGGAGGCGGUGGUUCAAAUGAGUGUUUUUAAGGGGCGUCGAUCCGAGCUUUCCGGUUCAAGGCUGUCUGUAGAGUUCCAACUGUACUUUAAAUCGAAGUUAUCAUUCAUUUUCCUCCAGUGCUUCCAGGUGUCCUAGACACCGUACCUUAUCCGAUUUUAGGAUCCCUUUAACAAUUUAUUACUGGGAAUUUGAUGGUUUUCUUACUUAUUAUAUUGUUCUAUCAGCACAAAAGGUGCCUACAGUUAAAUUAUUUUUUGAAAAACUCUCAGAAGCAUUUGAUAGAAUUAUACCAAUAAUUAAUCAGAGAAGUAAAAGCUUUAAGAUAUCUAAGACACCAUGGUUCUCUAAAGAGACUUUAACUGCAAGGAAAAUCAAGGAAAGAAUUUACUAAAAGUUUUAUUUAUUAAAAAUCCUAGCGAAAUGAAUAAGGUGACUUAUAAAACCGGUUUCGAAAUAAAUUAAAUAAAAUGAAAAAAGCUUGAAAGAAAAAGUAAAGAAAAAGCAAAGGGUAAUUUGAAAUUAUUUGAAAACUUAUAAAUGAGGUAAAAAAUAAAAACAAAACUAAAACAGAUAUUACCUAAUGCAUUUAAGGAGAAUGAUAUAGGGGUUAUAGUUCAUAAGGAAAUAGCUGAACGGUUUAAUAAAUAUUUCUUAACAUAGGACCUAGACUAGCAGAGCAAAUACCAGAAAAUAUUAUGAACUUUGCAUCAUACUUAGGAAACAGUAAUGUUGACUCUAUAUUCUUACAUCCAGUCACUGAAAGAGAAAUAGAAAUAGAACUGAAACAACUGAAAAUCGACAAAUCAUGUGGUUAUGAUGAAAUGUCUCCAAGAGUUGUAAACUGAGCGAUAUCUAAACAUAAAAUUGAUAUGUAUAGAAAGUAAUACUCAAUAGCAAGAUUAUGUACGAUGUAUGAAGGUUGUCAAUAAAACCUAUAUAUAUUUCAGCGGACUUUUAAAUUUCCUUGCUCUACAACAUGUACAUGAUACAUUCCGAUUCUUUCAUUCAUUUCAAAUUUUGUUUGAGAAAAAAAGAAACUGUUGUUCGCCAAUUCACGAUAAAGGAAUGCAGCGACAGUCAUCUGAAGUCCAGAACACGUGUUAGAUUUACACAAACUAGCUGUCACGCGUUAAUUUCUUUUAAUUAAAACACAAAUCUUUUAAGAUGAAAAUUGUUCGGGAGCUUAAGAAGGGCAAUAAUUAUAUUCCACCUGUAUUUUUGCAGAUCGUGUUUCCCUUUACUGACCAAAUCCCAUUAUCGGGUUCUCAUGAUCAACUUCUAUUUUCUUACUGAUAAAAGGACAAAUUCAAGUUCCAAUGUUACCUUUCAGCCAUUAUUGAUUGAGAUUUGUUUUUCCAUCAUUUUGUUGCAUGUGCAGCCAUAUUUUGCGAAGAUCCCGGUACACCACAAAACGGUUCAAGAAGUGGAAGUGCUGUUUUCAAGUACGGCGAGAAGCUAUCUUUCCUUUGCAAUAAAGGAUUCAUACUUUUCGGGUCUCACGAGCGAAGCUGCGAGGGAGGUGGAAAAUGGACGGGCGUUCAACCUUACUGCGUCGGUAAACGAUGAACUUAAAAUUUCUUUCCUCACUCCCAAUUUCCUCUCAGAGAUUUCAGAUUAUUCACAUGCCUCAUUUUCAUCAUGAUAAAUUCCAUGAACCUCAACUCCCAUUUUUACUGGAGUAUGCUCUUUGUAAUGAAAUCUGACAUGUGUCUGAUAUUUACAAACACUGGCCUUAUUGGAAUAAAAUUAGCAAUAAUAUUAUGUUUAGGUCAAUUAGCACCAAGUAGGAAUUGUUCCAAUUAUCGUCAAUUAUACAGUGUAUCAAUUCUGAUACAAGCAUGUUCAUUAUAUCGAGGCAGGUGCAAGAAGUAAAAACCUUUUAAAAAAAGAACGUGUUGAAUAUUUUUGUGUUUUCUUCCACAGAAUGUGCUGGAGUAGACACUCCCGUUUUUAUCAGAAAAGGCAUCCGUUUUAUCCAAGGACUUAUCAAGGAAAAGCGUGGAUAUGUGGUGACAGUAUUGACUCAACCCUCUGACGAAGAAGAGGACGUCGUAAUUUUAGGAAGAGGGACACAGCAUUACAUCAUCGUGCAGGACAAAGUUCCUCCUUCGAAGGAUAUCUUCCUGGGAGCAAAACUCAUAGCAAAACACCCAAACACUGCAAAGUAUACAUUUGCUAAGGUUGACGCGAUUAACGAUAAAAAAUAUUCCGUGACAUUUGAGGACAAACGACGAACUACAGCAACCUUGACUAUUGAAUCCAUUCGGACUCUAGAUCCCCCAAGGUUCUGCGGUACGUUCGCCACCAAUAUCCUUAAGUAGAAGGGAAAAUGGGACUUGUAUAAUUUAACAACUUAAGUCAGUAUUACCCUGUUUGCGUAGAAACUGUUGAGCAGAGCACUAAAAAGCAAAUGUACGAGUUAAAUGAACCAGAAUAUGCGAAAGCAUUGGUUGUUAAAUGGGGAGGGGUGCACUUUUAUGAACGGAUUAUAUAAUUAUAUAAUUGUAUAUGUUUUCGACGCGUUUUAGCGCUACUCUAGGAUAGGAAGGUACUGUAAAUACAAGGUUCUUACGUGAAGUUGGUAUCCUUUAUGAGAGUGUACAUAAUCAGUGCCUGGUACAGAGUGGACGUUUUUUAUCUCAAUCUGGAAAAUGUUCACAAAAUGCAGCCAAAAAUUAAAGUGAUUGAUAGUGGCAAGUCGUGUCAAGGAAUCCUCCCAUUUUGGUCACUUCAUUUCGUGUAAAUUUAUCACAUUUUCCUUACCACUUAUUUUAAAGCUUUUGUUAAGAGUAUUAAAAGCUGCAUCGCAAAAGCUGAACAUUUAAAAUUAAUUUUGCCAAAAAGUCAUGUUUUCAAAUUUCAUUUUCCAACAUGCAAUACCUGUCUUCCACAAAGUAAUGAAAUUCUACCUAAACAUCACCAUAUUUUUUUACUGAUGAAGUUUACAAAAUUAAAUCUCUCUCUAAUUACCAUUGUAGCGUCAUGCCCUGAUCCAGGAAAGCCAGAUAGAGGCUUUAGAGAGGACGAUCUUCUCGAAUUCAUUCCUGGUACUGAAGUUGAAUAUGGUUGUGAGAUAAACACUCAGUUGAUGGGUUCCAGCAAGCGAACAUGUUUAGCCAGUGGGUUAUGGACAGGAGUUCAACCCACCUGCAAAAGUAAGUAUAAAUCCUUGUUAUCUUAAAUUCUUGAAAUUAGGAUGACACCGACUCUCCCAACGUUGACUGCCAAGUUGAAGUAAUGUCACGAUUUUUUUUCCAAUUCAUCUUUUUGUAUUUAAAUGUGAUGCUCUUGAUGCCACUGUUCUUUUUUGCCUCGAGCACUUUUUAUCUCUACACGUCAAUGUCGCUGCACUUUCAGCCACUUCACCCAUCCGGACAUCUUGCUCCUCACGAAUAAGGCCGUUGAGGGCAGCUCUAACCGCAUCAUAAAUUACAAAGAAAUUAUUGGGAUACGUAGCAGUUAUGUUCUGCUUUUGUGCAUCAAUCGAAAUACUUCAUCGCUUGACAUGGUCCCUUAAAAGUGUAAACGAAGUGAAAAUAAACAGCACUGGUUUAUCUUAACAUAUUCACAUCUUUCCAUAGUUACGUCAUGCUGGGACUUAGACGUCUUUCCUCCCAAGAAUGGUAAACGAACAGGAGAUGAGUUUGGUAUCGGUAGCUCUGUGUCAUUCACCUGUAACCAGGGAUACGAGUUGAUAGGGAGUUCAACCCUUACUUGUCAGGCGGAUGGACAGUGGAAUGGAAUUGUGCCAAUCUGUAAAGGUGUGAGGCUAUAGUUCUUGUUGUGUUUCUAAUAUGUGACUAAGCUGUGGAUUGGUUCAGCAAGCUGGUUCUUUGGUUAGGUGUCUAAUUAGUGAUGGACACGUGGACCGAGUUGAGGGCAAAUGUAAAGAUUUACUUUGACCUUUACUUGGCAAAUAACGGUCUCCCUGGUAGACUAGCGCAGCCGGGGAUCAAUACAUCUGUUACACUGAGGAAAAAAUAAGAGUUACAUCUAAUUUGCUCGUGGCAAAUAUGACGCAAUAAAAGUGCAUAAUAGGAGGGGGGAAUAGGAGAGGAGAUGAGACUUAAAUAUGUGGUAAUUCCUGAUAACCCAAAUUUGCAGUCAUUUACCAUCUUUGCAGCCUAAAACUUAACCUUAAAGUCUGCAUUUUUUGGCAUCAUAUUUGCCCCGAACAACUAAUGCGUUUUUAUUGCGGUGAUUUUUCGGUACGGCCACUGGUCAAUAAGAAAACAUAAUGCUAGAACCGUCAAUGUUAUGUCAGAGCGCAAGUGAUGCUUUGAUCUUUUUUUUUCUUCACAGAUCAACUCAGAAGGAUUGCAAAGAGUAAAUUAUAAUUUUUUUUAUUCAUUUAUUUCCUUUAAUGGAAAACAUUUAUAGAUCUCUGUGAGAGUACGAAGUGUGAAACAUGGGAGAAAUGCGUGUUCGAUGGCAGAAAGGGUCCCAUCUGUGUUUGUCGAGAUGAUCUAGACUGUCCCGCGGAGUUCAAGCCAGUUUGCGGCUCAGAUGCAAAGCGAUACAACAACGAGUGCAUCAUGAAGGCGACAGCCUGUAGAGAAGGCAAGUCAGUAAAGAAGGCAGCAGAUGGUUUCUGUGCACCAGGUAUGAGUAUCUUUGUUUUAGAGGUAAACACCUCAUUUCUAUUCCACAUUUUAUUGGGAACAGUACCUCACCUUUACCCCAGCUGGGAAUUAAAUUGUUUAACAUUCUUGAACAGCAAAAUAGAAAAAUACUGGGCGAGAUGUGUUUUAUAUGGUGGAUUGGUGGUCCUAUGGGUCAAAAAUGGGACUAAUUAUGCUAAACGCACGCCAUUGCAAAAAUGUUAUGGAAAUACAGUAAUGCUGAUCUAAAUACUUUCCAACGAGGGAAAAAAAACUAAGAUUAACCUGCAUGAGACUUAAUCUGGAGCUGGGGUUUGUAACUAAAGUUUAGUUUAUUUUGUUCGCAUCAUGGGUGACGUGCGUUACUCCAACAGAUUUUUUUCACUUUAUUGUAGGUGGAAUUUGCCAGAUUGUUCCCAUAAGCAACUGCAGGGCUCACUUCAACCACUUUUAUUUCAACAUGAGCUCUAAAAUGUGCGAGUCAAUUGUUGCCGGAGGGUGUCAUCCAAGUGGAUGGAAUGGCUUCACUAGCAUGGACGAUUGCAACCGUACAUGUUCAGGUAGCUUACUGCGCUUCCACCGUGGUCAAACGUAGCUAUUCGUUUAAGGCUUUUUUCGUUUAAUCAUAGUCAGUAGAGGAGACAGAUUAUGAAAAGCGGCAAACAUAAACAUGUACUUCCGAGGGUUAAAUUGAAAGCUCUCUGACGCAGCUCGAUUACCAGCCGCUGUUUGGAAAAUGAACCCGCGCUUCUCUCCCGAACAAUCUAUUCUCGAGGAGGACCUAGUCGAGACGGAGAGAGCAGUGGAAAUCGAGUGUAUCCCUGACGGUGAACACUCCUUUACUUUCUGUUCACAAAUUGUGACUAAAUGAAUUAAUUCUACAUUUGCAUUGGUCAAUAAGAUUAAAAUGAUAGGAAUGCUACUGAUAGUUAUGCACUCUCAGGUCCACAAAAACAUAUAACAAAGGAGUCUGGCAGCCUUCAAAACCAUUCCACUCUAUUGACUAUGGUCUAAUUGCGGGCAAUCCUAAGCCCGCAAUCCUAAUCUCCAGGUUGUGGUUACGCAUGCGUCGCAUGUAUGUAGCCAGCAUUCUUUUGGACUUCCACUAAGGAUGAACGGAAUGCACAGAACUCAAUUUGAUCAUGCGUGUUUCGACCCUCUUUCACUCGUUAUCUGAUCACGCGUGUUUUGACUGUCUGCACGUGAAACUUGCCCAAAGCACAGCGAUGGGGCAAAAGCGUUUCGACCUUCGAUCGUUGUCGCCCACACUCCGUAACCUUUGGUGACCGUCGAAUUAAGUUUNAUUCUACAUUUGCAUUGGUCAAUAAGAUUAAAAUGAUAGGAAUGCUACUGAUAGUUAUGCACUCUCAGGUCCACAAAAACAUAUAACAAAGGAGUCUGGCAGCCUUCAAAACCAUUCCACUCUAUUGACUAUGGUCUAAUUGCGGGCAAUCCUAAGCCCGCAAUCCUAAUCUCCAGGUUGUGGUUACGCAUGCGUCGCAUGUAUGUAGCCAGCAUUCUUUUGGACUUCCACUAAGGAUGAACGGAAUGCACAGAACUCAAUUUGAUCAUGCGUGUUUCGACCCUCUUUCACUCGUUAUCUGAUCACGCGUGUUUUGACUGUCUGCACGUGAAACUUGCCCAAAGCACAGCGAUGGGGCAAAAGCGUUUCGACCUUCGAUCGUUGUCGCCCACACUCCGUAACCUUUGGUGACCGUCGAAUUAAGUUUCAGAAUCAUGGAUACUCACGAUCAUAAAUCACAUAAGAUCGACUUCAAUCAACCCUAUGGGUAAGGAGUUCGCGCGAAAACCACUAAUCAGCAUUAGCGAGCUGAUUAAUAUCCAAUCCUCUUGUUCAAGUUCAAGUUCAAGUUCAUUUAUUCACAGGCACAAUUAUUCAAUUACAAUACAAAAAACAAUAAGAAAAAAAGAAGAAGUAAAACAGAGCUAACUAUACAUUGAAUUAAACGUAACAAAGGAAAAAAGUGCGUAGCAGCCAAAGAAGCCAAGUUUUCGAGUUGGCUACGACCACAGAGCGGUUACAAGUGGGUGGAGGUUAUACAGUACGCGUUGAAUUCUCCACCCGCCAUCUUUGAGGUGCCUUGCUUUCUUGCCUGGCGUUCUUUUUCUAACAUACGAAAGCGUACAAUUUGGCGUAUAAUUGCCUUAAUUUACGUGUCUGCUUGUUUUAAUGCUUAAAAAAGGCAGCUUAUUAACUAGGUCUGGACUCUUCAUGUUCCCCUCUUUCAAAGACACUGGUCAUGAAGGCAUUGUGAGAAAUUACAUAACGAGCUGUUAUUUUUGAAUUAUUCGUUAUUCUCCAGUGGAUGUUUGUGGGCAGCCGGCUGAUCCAGGACCUUGUGAGACGAAUGUGACUCGAUGGGCUUUUAACCCAAAAGCUGGGCGCUGCAAACGGUUCAACUAUGGAGGCUGUUUUGGAAAAGAAAACAACUUUGAAACCAAAGAAAAGUGCAAUCAAAGAUGCCCACCAACCGGUAAUUAGCUGAUAAUAUAUAAGUUUUUAUUUGGUAAUUAAUAGUAAGAUUAACUUAAUAUUGAAUAUGAUUUUACACGAAUAAAAUGGUUUACAUUCACAUGCUUAACUGAGGUAGCCUUUCAUUCUAUUUUUCUGUUGCUUUCCAGGUUAAUAUAACUUAGAAUUAGUAACCAGUUUUUUUUAAUAAGGUUUCUGGCAGUUCUUCUAGAUAUAAUUUUUUUAUUAUUUUUAUUUUUUUCGUUUCUUUUUUCUUUUUCUUUUUUCAAUUUUCUGUAAGAUUAAAAGGGACAAGGAUGCAGAUGCAUUGAGCGGAUCCGCCUGAUAACAUUCUGUAUAAGUAUGAGUAAAGUUUUAGGUUUGAACGAGUUCUGGAGUAUAAUGUAUCAAUGCGAAUUAUCACCUACACUCCACCUACACUAAAAUUGAACCUGUGUACGUAAUCCUUAAUAAGUAAUUCUUCAUUUUCCUUUUAAGAUAAGGCAAGGAAUGCCGGCUGUCCAAAAUGUUCGCGCCAAGUGAAAAUUCGGGUGGCUUGCAAAGAAAGUGAUUAUGGUAAGUUGUCAGUUUAUAUCCAAGCCUUCCUUAUAUUCUAUUUGCAAAGAACAUGAAAGAAAAUUGACUUAGUUUAUAGGGAAAGUAUAACUACUGAUAACCCAAUUGUUUUCUUUGUGACCCACAGAUAAUGACAAAAACAAAUAAUUAAAAUAAACAUAUUAAGAAGGUUAGGAAUCACAACUAGCAGGAGUCAAACCAGUUGGCUAUUAUACAAGCGUAGUGGCUAUCAAAAACAAAAGCAGCUAGCGGUUAGAACGGGAUUUGAACCGUGAGCUUCCGAAUUGCAAUUCCAGCACCGGCUUUAACUGGUCACGCGGCAACGCUGCCUCCAAACGAACUGUCCUAUUCUCAUCUAAUAAGUUAUUUGUGUCUGACUUUUUGGUGAUUUGUUCUCUCAUUUUCAGCUUUCGUAGGCAAAGUCCAAAGAAACCUACCAGACAAUUCGACUAAGAAUACUACACGAUACUUAGUUUCAAUCAGCAAGAUCCUGAAGAACACAAAUGGGUCUCUCUCUGUGGGUACUGCGGUCAUCAGUGUCCCCCAUGGCAAGACACCAGGCUGUCCCUGCCCCUCGUUGCCCAAAGUAACGUUCUUUCUCAUGGGCCAGGUUGAGAUUAAUCCAAUCGAUGGGCAAGCAAAAGUGGAUAUUACUGUUAAACAGUCAACAGUUGUCCAAAGGAUGAACAACAAGGCUUAUAUAGAAAAAUUGAAGAAAAAAUGUGCUGCGUAUUUUGAUUUAACCGGAUUCGAAUGAUUUGUCUCCGCUUUCCAACACCAAGAGUAACUGGGUACUAAAUAGUCUAGGCUAACUAUGUUUAGCUCAUCGGCCGUUAAAAAGGAGCAAAAAAAAGGCAUGUUUGAUUUCACCUCUCAAGUUAAGAACUUUAGAAUAUCCAAAAUAGAGAAUAUCUAGAAUAUCUGUCAUCUUGUCCAAACAUUUUGUGGUCUAUUGACAAUGAAAAUAGCAUUUUUUAUAUAAUAAUUAACGUAAUUUGUUAAAAAUUUAAUGCUGGC